AUGAGCAAUGUGGCUGGAGAAGUGAAGAAUAGUGAAGGGAAAAAGAAAAACAGAGGAAGUAGGUACCACAACAGUAGAAAUAGAGGAAAAAAUAAAAAUGAAGCGUCAGACACUAAAAAGAAUGAGGCUAAGGUUAAUAAUAAUGCUGCUCAUAACAAUAGCAAAGGCAGGAGAAGUAACAAGAAAAGGAACAGAGAGCAUUAUAACUAUAAAAGAAGAGCUAAAUCGGGCAAACCAACCGAGAAUGAAGGAUUCAAGCUUGUUAUUAGAUUACUACCUCCAAAUUUGACUGCAGAUGAAUUCUUUGCCAUUCUGCGAGAAAAGAGUAGCGAUGGUGAUGAAAAGAAAGAUAUCCAGGAUAACCUCAAGUACAGUGACUGGUGUUUUUUUGAAGGUCAUUAUUCUAGUAAAGUAUUCAAGAACUCGACAUAUUCUAGAUGCAAUUUUCUGUUCGAGAACUUAUCAGACCUAGAAAGAUGCGCAACUUUUAUCAAUACUUGUAAGUUCAUUGAUAAUAAGGAUAAUGUUACAAUCCCAGAUGUGAAACUGUCACCUUACGUAAAGAAAUUUAAUCAAAUAUCGAAAAAAGAUUCUGCGCUGGAGGGAACAAUUGAAGAAGAUGAAAUUUUUAAAACAUUUAUGAAUUCAAUGAAACAGCUAAACGAAAAUGAUGACUACUCAUUCCAAGAUUUCAGCGUUUUGAAGUCCCUAGAAAAGGAAUUCUCAAAAAGUAUAGAAUUAGAAAAUAAGAUAGCAGAAAGAACAGAAAGAGUAUUAACAGAGCUGGUUGGCACUGGCGAUAAGGUUAAGAAUAAGAACAAAAAGAAGAAAAAUAAAAGUAAUAAAAAAAAAUUCAAAGACGAGGAAGGAACCACUAAGGUAUCAAAGAAAAAAAGGAACAGGGGUAAAAAGAAGCGCGAUGAUCGUGAAAAGAGCAGCAUUCCUAAGACUAAGAACAGCAAUGUCGUUAUUAUCGAGGAAGCAGGUAAAGAGGUUUUAAAACAAAGGAAGAAGAAAAUGCUUUUGCAAGAAAAGUUAAAAAUAUCAAACUCCUCCCAGUCUCAGUCACCAUCCGCUCAAGCUCAGCCGUCGUUCCAACCUAAAGAAAACCUUUCCGCAGGACGGGUAAAAAUUUUACAUCGCGAUGGUACUAAGAAGUAG